AUGGUCCGGUCUGAUCACACACCACGACUGCACAUCACCACCAAGGAGGCGGCGGCCGCCAUUCGGUGGCACAUCAGGGCCACUGCCACGCGGCGCUCCCCGCAGGCCGUCAUGAAGAUCUCCGGGGGAGGCCGCGGCAUGACGGCGAUCGCCGCUCACUUUCGGUACAUCAGCAGGAACGGAUUGGAGAAGCUCGAAGACGAUCGUGGCCUGCAGCACUCGGGAAGCGAGGGCCUGCGCGAACUGCGCGACCAAUGGCGUCACGCCGGCACCUUCAUCCCCGAGGUCUCCACGAGGCGAGAGGCCAUCAAUCUGGUCCUGUCGAGUCCAGCGGGAACCGAUCCGCAGGCGCUUCUUCGGGCGGCACGUGCUUUUGCGCGCACCGCGCUGACCGAUCACCGCUACGUCAUGGCAUUGCAUACGGACCGGGACCAUCCACAUGUGCAUCUCACCGUGCGCCUCAUGUCGACUUCCGGGAAGCGUCUGCAGAACUGGACCCACAAGGAGUACUGGCGCCGCAUCUAUGCCGGAAAACUGCGCGAGCAAGGCGUCGAUGUCGAAGCCACACGCCAAUGCGUGCGCGGCGAGAACCGAAACCCGCAGCGGCACUGGAAGAUCAAGGCCAGCAGGACUGCGAACGCCCGUGAACCCGAACCCUCCAAGAAGUCCGGCGAUUGGUACUUCAACAGUCGCUCCGACGCGGCGCUUGCUUGGGGGCACAUGAUGCAUGCCCUCAAAGACUCAGAGAUGUCUGAGGAUCGCGAACUCGCAGAAUCCAUCGGCAAGUUCGUUCGAAGCACCCCCUUCUUCCAAGAGGUGAUCGCGAUACGGUCACGCGCCGUGGCGCGCGAGCAAGCGCAACUGUCGCUCCAGGCCAGCAUGAGCGUCGGACGUGACCGGGAGUGGACUCGCUGA